AUGUCCGACAUGGACGUCGUCGUUGGACUGGCUGGCCUCAUCCGCCAGUAUCCCGACGGAGCUUUGAACGAACUUCUCCAAGAGGUCCAUGCCCUGCUUCGAACAAUCGACGGCCUCGAGGACAACACAAGUGCAUGGAAAUGUCUCGCCAUCUCCUCCUACAACUCCCUCCGGACGCUCGCUGGAUUGCUGAAGAGCACCCAAGACCUUGCAAGUCAACUAGCGGAUCUCCGGCAAGUUUAUGGACAAGCCCGCCGGCAAGUUUCCGACCUCCAGCGCCACCACAAGGUGCAGCGGCUUCUCGAAGGCCCGGCCGCCCGCCAGAACAUCCAGGAUCUCUGCCAGCAGCUUGGCAACCAUUUCAAGGACUCGGACCAAGACGAUCCUCCAAACGACGAAUCGCCCCUCUUUGCCAUCGCUGCCAUCAAGGGUGUCCCCAAGCACACUCUCAACAGAGCCAAGCAAGGGGAUGCUGUGGCCACUCUUGCGGUAGCCAACAUCAUCACCGACAAGGAUAUCCCCGACACACAUCUCGAGUGGCGAGUCGCCAUCCAGCUGUAUCUCACUCUCGCCGAAGCCUCCAACGUUGAGGCACACUUUCACUUGGGCUGGAUCAGCUUCCUUGGCCUCGGUGUCCCCAAGAGUGAUGUCGAUGCCGUCCGGUAUUGGCAGUUUGUUAACAGUGCGAUCAAGGACGAUCACUCCGUUCUCAGAAGGCUCUCGGGUGCGCUGCUCAAGUGGUGCGUUGGCCUGCGCCGCGGAGCUACCGAGCCGGCUGAAAACUGGAACCAGCUUCCAUGGAGUGGCCCAGGAGACUCGCCACUCCACCACAAGUUUUACCGUUGGUGUGUCCUCGGUGCCGAACGAGAUUGGCUCUGCCGAAUCCUCCUUGCCGAGUGCUGUCGCUGGGGCACCGGCACUCAGACGAACGAGCGUGUCAUGGCCGGCAUUUACGAGCAGCUCAACAGCGACGGAUACAUCGUGAACGACAUAUUCUCCAGUCUUCCCGAAGCGCCAGGACCCAUCCCCGACUCGGACGCCUUGGAAGGAGGGGACCACGACUCUGACAAGCGACAGAUAUGGCGCAUUCCUGCGAACGCCGUCACCAACUGGUCCCGCGAGCCCAUCGCCGAGGGUGGCUUUGGAAAAGUGUAUUCGGCAUCGUACUAUGGGCGCGAGGUAGCUGUCAAGCAGCUGCUGUGCGAUGCAAGUGCGAUGGAGCGCCGGAAUCUGCACCAGGAGAUCGAGGUCUGGCACAGUCUCAAGCACGACAACAUCCUGCCGCUCCUCGGCGCCUGCGACACCGUCACCAAGCCUUUCAUGGUCUCGCCAUUCAUGAAGAACGGCACCUUGCGUCGCUUUGUGGCCAGAGUGGACAGCCCUGUUCCGCUCAAAGAAAAGCUCAGGAUCGUGCGACAAGUUGCCUCUGGCAUGAGCUAUCUCCAUGGCAAGAACAUUGUCCACGGCGACCUCAAGCCAGCCAACGUCCUGCUGGACUCGGACUAUCGCGCGGUGAUCUCGGACUUUGGUAUGUCCUAUGUCAAGCACGCAUCAAGCUCGAGCAAAAGAAUUGGCGACGCCAAGAACGCAGGAGGUACACUCCACUACAUGGCCCCCGAGAUGAUUGACGAAAAUGAUCCCCAUGGGUCCUCCAAGGAAACCGACGUCUAUGCCUUUGGUCUGCUGCUCUGCGAGGUGUUCAACAACGGACGCCUAUGGAUGACCGGCGAUGGAAAACAGCGCAUGCGUGAUGAAAUCGUUCGACUCCACAUUCAAAACGGCCGGAGACCCAGGAAUCUGUGCAACAUCCCGGGCGAGCUCUGGGAGCUGAUCAAAGAGUGCUGGCAUCAGGCACCCAGCCAGAGACCCAAGUUUGACGGCAUUUUGGAUAGACUCGAGUCACUCGAUCUACCAGAAGUCCCUGCCGAUAUCUCACCGGCACUGCAGAGUGCUUCGGCAUCCAGCGGACCCUCAGCCGACAGAACGUUGGCGGAUGGACGCAGCAAUGUCCCUUUGGAGGAGUUCAUCCACAGCGGAUCUGUGUCUGGGUUCUUCAUCGCGCUGCUGAAGGAGCACGAUCCCAAAGCGCUGCAGGACUCCAUCGACACCCUCAGUCAAAGCUCCAGCAAGCCUGAUUCGGAGUGGAAGAAGGCGGUCGACCUCCACAGAAUGUUGACAAGCACAUCCGAUCUGGUUGCAUACUUUGACCGAGGCUGGAUCUACUUCCUCGGUCUUGGCGACCAGCAGGACGACGUGUCUGCCUUUCUCCAUUGGCAGCAAGUGUUUGUUCAGAUCUACGACCACCAUUCGAUCCUCAAGUCUCUUGCCGGGAUACUCCUGAAGUGGUGCUGGGCCACCGGGCGAGGAACACGACAAAGCUGGAAGAUGUGGAAUGAGUUGCCAUCGAAGUUCUACAACUGGAGCGAGAAAGGAGCCGAGAGCGACUGGUUUUGCAAGUUGGUUUUGGCGCUCUGUCACCUGCACGCCAUCGGCACCAAGGCAAAUUAUCGACGUGCGAUGUCGCUGAUCGAGGAACUGGCCAACCAAGGCCACUCUGUGGCUCAAGUCCUUCUUGGAGAGCGCUACCAGUUCCAAGGUGGUCUAAACGUCCAUACCGCCGUUGCUUGGUUCAGAAAGGCUGCUGAGCAAGGCAACGCCUGGGGAGCCUGGCAUUUGGGUGUUUGCUAUCAGUCUGGCUGGGGAGUCGAUGGUGACUUUGAGGUUGCCGCCAUGUGGUAUCGCAGAUCGGCCAGCUGGGGCUUUCCCAACCCCGCACCUCACUCGUAG